CGGGUUAUAAAAAUAGGUGCAGUUGGUCACAAAAAUCGGUAAAUAACCAAGUGUAUCAUGAAGAAUUCGAGGGGACGCAAGUCCUCGGAAGCUUACCAGGAGCUGGACGAGGUUCGGGGAUCCGAGUUGAACCAUGUGUCCAUCAACUCGUCCAUUGGGACGGGUGUGCCAGGCGACCUUGGCCUUGACAGGUCCCUGGAACUCACUUCGGUGUCCGUCGUUCCCGAUGACACCUUCACGGUCAGCCAAGCGAUAAAUCUGCUUGGAUUUGGAAGGUUCCAAGUGAAAUUGUCCCUGUUCACUGGACUCUGUUGGAUGGCGGACAGUAUGGAAAUGACGAUACUCAGCAUCCUAAGUCCAACGUUGCACUGCGACUGGGGAAUAUCGAGAUAUCAACAGGCCCUGACUACGACAGUGGUGUUUCUCGGUAUGAUGCUCAGCUCGACCUUUUGGAGUAACUUGAGCGAUCGUUACGGCAGAAAACAGUCUCUCACAUUGUGCGGAGUGUUGCUGUUUUACUACGGGUUUUUGAGCUCUUUCGCCCCGAAUUUCCUAUGGAUUUUGUUGCUUCGCGGUUUGGUUGGCUUUGCUAUUGGCUGUGUUCCUCAAUCAGUUACUUUGUACGCUGAAUUCUUACCCGCCGAACAAAGGGCCAAGUGCGUGAUUCUCUUGGACUGUUUUUGGGCUCUCGGCGCUUGUUUCGAAGUGGCUCUAGCAUUGGUGGUGAUGCCGAAUCUCGGGUGGAGGUGGCUCUUGGCACUGUCUACGAUCCCUUUGUUUUUGUUCUCCAUCAUAACACCGUGGUUGCCGGAAUCAACGUCGUUCGACAUGAUGACAGGACGCACGGACAGAGCCCUGUCGACCCUGGAAAGAAUAGCUCGUGAGAAUGGGAAACCAAUGCCUCUGGGACGCCUAGUCCUCGAUCGCGUCUAUCCGACCUGCAAGGGCAGGCUUGUCGAUCUGCUCAACAAGGACAUGUACAAGACGUCGAUACUACUCUGGCUCGUGUGGAUGUCGAGUGCCUUUUGCUACUACGGCGUGGUGCUGAUGACCACCGAGUUAUUCGACACGUCGGCCGAUCAGUGCGGCGAACAGGCGGAGGAGCGCAUCCAGGAACGUCAGUGCUUGAUCAAUUGCCAGUUGAGUCGUAGCGACUACAUGGACCUGCUGUGGACGACGUUGGCCGAAUUCCCGGGUAUAUUCUGCACCAUCAACGUCAUCGAGAAGAUAGGCCGUAAGCGGACGAUGGCCCUGCAGCUGGUCAUGUUCGCUGGGGUCGUGUGCUUCUUGGGGCGCGCUUGUCGGCUCAGCCGUUUCGUCCUGACCGUGGGGCUGUUCCUGGCUCGUGGUCUCAUCGCCGGGGUCUUUCAGGCUGCCUACGUCUACACCCCGGAGCUCUAUCCGACCUAUUUGCGGAGUACCGGGGUGAGCGCGUGUAGCUCCAUGGCCCGGCUCGGCGCCAUGGUCACACCUUACGUGGCUCAGAUAUUGCUCAGGUGGUCCGUUCCUACGGCCAUGGGGGCUUACGCCCUUACCGCGCUGUGCGCUGCCUUUGCCAUCGUAGCUCUGCCCGCGGAGAUCAGGAAGCCUUGA